AUGGAUCCCGACGCCAGUAUCCCCGGCCACCCAGCCCCCUCUGUCUUCAACUACGUCCUCUCGUUCCUCCUCGAACGACAAAAACAGUCCACGACUACGACGACUACCAGCGCCACUCCCUCUCCUUCUUCUCCAUCCUCUGACAGGAUAUCUCUCGACCGCGGGCGGUCACAAGCGCAAUCCCCCAACAGUGGCGCAGAGGAUGCGCAGGAAUUGUUGCCCACGUCCGAGCCGGACGUCAUCGACCUCGGUGAUCUUGAUGGAGGCAACGAGGUGAGGAGGAGAAGCGGCAGUCGUCAGCGGGAAGAAGAGCAGGAGCUGGAAUAUGGGGAGCCGAGUGGCCACUCUCACCGUGAUGGGCACGAUCACGUUGUUCAGCAGGAGAGUGAUACGGGUGGUAUUCCCGCGCCGGCGUGGAUGCACUCCUCUGCGCGUCAGUCAUGGGUACGGACGAAGAUUGUCUCGGUCUUCUGGACGGUGGUCAAUCUUCUGCGGACGCCGGCUUAUUCGAUUCCGCUGGUGAUCAAUCUCACGGGGAGUAUUUGGUUCUUUUUGCUGGUGGGCAAGCACGAACUCUCCCUCACUGUGCCGCUGGCCAAUUCCAGUGCGUUCUUGUUCACCGUUCUGGGAGAAUGGUAUGUUGAGCGCAAGGUCAUUGCCAAGGAGACGUGGUUGGGGCUGGCGCUGGUUCUCGGUGGGAUUGCCCUGUGUGUACAUUCGAAGAAUCAAACGGGGUGA